GGUUAUUCCCUUUGUUCCAAUAACACUUAUAGUUUUUUCGAGAUUAAAGACUAUCGGUGCAUAUAACUAAAUAUUAGUAAAGUUGAUAUGGAAGAAGCGAAACACAAAAUCCCCCAAAAGAAAAACCCGAAGGAAACAGAGAGAGUGUUGAGGACAGAGGGGAAAAUGGAGGGAGUAGAAGGACAGGGCUCAAAUCGUUACACUCUACAACCAAGUCGAUUAGCAAGCGAAGACAUACUAUUGUGUGUAGAUGUAGACAGCGAAUCACUGGUUGAAAUGAAGGUUUCGGUUGCGGGUGGGCGACCUUAUAGCAGAUUAGACUCCAUUAAGCAAGCCAUCAUUCUCUUUAUCAACGCUAAGCUUACCAUUAACCCAGAUCACCGUUUCGCUUUUGCUGCUCUUGGCAAAUCCGCUUUUUGGGUGGCUGUAGAAUUGAAUUGGAAUCAUCUUCUCAAUUUUCUAUUCGUGAAGGUUCGGAAAGAGUUUACUAGUGACAUUGACUCGGCAAUUUCUGCAUGUCGGGGUAUCACAGCAGUCGAUUCACCUUGUGGCCAUGCAGACCUUACUCAACUAUUUCGGGUGGCAGCUCAUGAAGCCAAAAAGUCACGUGCACAAAAUCGGAUACUCAGGGUGAUACUUCUAUAUUGUAGGUCAUCUAUACCACCACAGCAUCAAUGGCCUGCUACCCAAAAACUCUUCACUUUGGACGUAGUUUACCUUCAUGACAAGCCUGGACCUGACAAUUGCCCUCAAAAGGUGUAUGAUGCCCUCGUGGAGGCCCUUGAACAUGUCAGCGAAUAUGAAGGUUACAUAUUUGAGAGUGGUCAGGGGCUUACUCGUGUCUUGUUCCGUCAUAUGUGUACACUCUUGUCCCACCCGCAGCAACGUUGCGUGCAAGAUGACCUUGACAUUCCCAGGUCUCUUACAAAGAAGUCAGUUACGGUUGACUCAGCUCCAGCUGAUGAAAAUGCUGCUCUCUAACCAAUGAUACGUAUUGUAAACAAAUCAAAGCAACUCUCCCUGGUUGUGUUGUUUUUCGUCCUUCUUGUUCUAGUGUUCUGUGGAGGACUAAUCUGGACAGGGUACUCUGGUCAACUAUGUAACCCCCC